AUGAAAUUCAAAGAUGCACACUACCUGCUUUUCUUGCUGCCUGCAUGUUCUCAGCACCCGGCAAAGUUACAGGAGUCCAUUGAAUAUGAAGACUUGGGAAACAACAAUUCCGUGAAAACGAUUGCACUGAAUCUCAAGAAGUCAGACAGGUAUUAUCAUGGUCCUACUCCAAUUCAGUCACUGCAGUAUGCAACAAGUCAGGACAUUAUUAAUUCUUUUCAAAGUAUUAGACAAGAAAUGGAAGCUUAUACACCCAAGUUAACUCAGGUUCUCUCAAGCAGUGCUGCUAGUAGCACCAUCACAGCCCUGUCACCUGGAGGAGCACUUAUGCAGGGAGGGACACAGCAGUCCGUAAACCAGAUGGUGCCAAACGAUAUUCAGUCUGAACUGAAACACUUGUACGUGGCUGUUGGAGAACUUCUGCGGCAUUUCUGGUCCUGCUUUCCUGUUAAUACACCAUUCCUAGAAGAAAAGGUAGUGAAAAUGAAGAGUAAUUUGGAACGGUUCCAAGUUACAAAGCUCUGCCCAUUCCAAGAAAAGAUUCGGAGGCAGUAUUUAAGCACAAAUCUGGUAAGUCACAUAGAAGAGAUGCUGCAGACAGCCUACAACAAGCUCCACUCAUGGCAAUCACGGCGUCUGAUGAAGAAGACGUGAAGCAUUCAUGGUGCUCACAGGUUUUGUGGGUUGAAAAAAACUGACCUGCGGUGACUCUGGAAACCUGGCUGAGGACAAGCAGAUGCUCACACCGGGGAAACAUCUGCUGCAUGCCAACUCCCAGAGCUGAUGCUAUUGUACUUGCACAUAAGAACCGAAAGAAGGCAGGGACGAGAUUCACUUAACUCUGGGGAGGUAAACUAAGGCAGAACCAAAAUGAGCUAAGUUGCAAAUAUAUGUGUAUGUGUACAUGUAUAUGUAUUUUAAAGACUGUUUACUGCAGUUACUCAGGAACUGCUUUUGGUUCACGUUAAGCUGCUUUCAAAAUUAAAAGAAAAAAUAAUUUAAAAAAAUA